AUGUCGUCUUCACUUGCAUUCAGGUCAUUGAAAAAUGGUUUGGGCUUAAAAAACUCUGUUAGAGCUUUGUCCUCAACCACAAGCCAAUUGUCCAACUACAACCAACCGGACUAUUCACAAUACUUGAACAAUAAACCACCACAAACAGCAAGAAAUAUUGCGUACUUUAUGGUGGGAUCCAUGGGUCUUUUGUCUGCAGCAGGAGCUAAAUCCACUGUUGAAGCUUUUCUUUCGUCAAUGGCUGCAUCAGCCGAUGUGCUUGCCAUGGCUAAAGUUGAGGUUAAAUUGGGUGCCAUCCCAGAAGGUAAGAAUGUCAUUGUGAAGUGGCAAGGUAAGCCUGUGUUUAUUAGACACAGAACCGCUGAGGAGAUUGAAGAAGCAAAUGAUGUUGAUGUAAGCAAAUUGAGAGACCCAGAAACCGAUGCUCAACGUGUUAAGAAACCAGAAUGGUUAGUGAUGUUGGGUAUCUGUACACACUUGGGUUGUGUGCCUAUUGGUGAAGCCGGUGACUACGGUGGAUGGUUUUGCCCAUGUCACGGUUCCCACUACGAUAUCUCUGGUAGAAUCAGAAAAGGACCAGCUCCAUUGAACUUGGAAAUCCCACAAUACGACUUUACUGAUGAUUCAACUUUGAUGGUUGGUUAA